AUACACAAAGAUGCCUAACAUCUAUAGAAGGAAAGCGGGAAAUCGUCGUUACAUUGACUACACUAAAGAGCAGUUGGAGCAAUGUUUAAAUGACGUGAGAUCCAAAAUACGGACUCAACGGGCUGCUGCAGCUAAGUAUAAAAUUCCUCGUAGUACGAUAAAGAAUAAACUGAAGAAUAAGCACUGUAACAAACCCGGCCAUUCAACUAUAUUCACAACAGAAGAAGAACAAGCAUUUGUUGCCCAUGUUACAGCGCUCUCAGAAUUUGGGUUUCCGAUAACAGAUAUUGACCUCAAAAUUAUUAUCAAAGACUACUUGUCAGCUCGUGGAAGACAGGCCAUUGAAGAUUGGCACCAAGUGUUGCUAGAUUGGAAAAAUACCCCAGAAGGAAGAAGACUUCCAACCGUGCCGAAGGAUCAAUUUCCUAGACUACUAAAAACUGCACUGGAUAGCAUGAAAGAAACCCAAAGUUAUCUCGUAAACGGGUUCAGGAAAACUGGCAUUUAUCCUCAGAACGUAGAAGAACCUUUGAGUAGAUUGCCAAGGCAAGACAGAAUUGUAGAUCUCAAUCUAAUUUCCGGCGCUUUUAUGCAAGAUCUGAAGCAAUUACGGAGUAACGAUAGCCCAAACCGAAAGAAUCAAGGCAAGAAGAAAAAGCUAGAUGUACCUGCUGGUCGAUCCAUUCGCUCAGAAGAUAUUUCAGACAAAGAACAAGCUAGUUCUUCAGGAGUAAAUAGAUCAGAUCCUAAGAAAAAUGCAAAGUCCAGGAAGCGAUUUAUUAGUGAGGUUUCCUCUUCAGAAUGCAGUGACACAGACAUAAGUUUGGCAUCUUCUACUGAAGAUCUCAUUCUGGCACGAGAUCAAUCUGAUGAUGAAGAGGACAACUUACGCCUAGCACAGCUUACAAAUCGCAAUCCCAGAAGCAACUAUGAUGGAAAUCUGGAGGCGCUUGGGCCAUCAACUCAGCUACCAGAGCCCAUUCCUCCGGAUUGCAACACAAGGUUUAUUGAAGAUCCGCUUUCAAGAAACUGUUCGAAGUCUGACGGUCAAAGUUGCAGUAAUGAAGACGAAAAUAAAGAAGGGCCGCCUCUGCCAAAUAAAAUUAAUCCAGAUGAUGUACAAAAAGCGGAAGAGGAAUAUCAAAAUGGCGAUGGUUACUGUAUCAAUGAUCAUUAUCCAGAAAUUCUAAAACAGUCUCAAAAAGUGCAAAAAAUCUUGUCAAACAUAAGCCUUUCGACAGCCAGCGUACUUCAGUGGGAAGAAGAUGACUUCAAAAACUGUUUCAAGGAUUUCAACGAAAUUGCUAUAGUCGCGCAAUUUGUUGUUUCACCCUUCAUGGAAAUUGAUAUCCAACAGUUUGCAACUUCUGUUACGCAGAAUAUUAGCGAAGACAUCGCUGCGACAGAAAUGGAAGUGAUUGCGUUUCAAAAUUAUUUAGCUUUAACACUAUUAGUCUCAAAUACUAAAUGUAUCUGGCCUUCAGUAAGUAAAGAUAAAUAUUCAGUUUUAUGUCGUGUUACGUUGGAAGUGAAACUGUUAUUUAGUUCAACCUAUUCGUAUGAAUCUUAUUUUUCAAACAUUAAAAGCAAAUACCGUAAUAGACUCACAGAUGAACAUUUGGAUAAUUGUAUUCGAAUGGCUGUAUCAAAUUAUACUCCAAACAUUAAGAAAAUUGUCAGUGAGUCUGAGUGUCAGGCUUCUCAUUGA